AUGAUAGCAGGUGAAGUGGAGGUUCCAGAUCCCAGUGAUGCUUUGGGUCAAGUAGAUGGACAAGACAGCCCUAUUCCUACUCUGAAAGGUUACUUUCUGAAUUUUUUGGAGCCAGUAAACAAUAUCACCAUUGUCCAGGGCCAGACAGCAAUUCUGCACUGCAAGGUGGCAGGAAACCCACCCCCCAGUGUGCGGUGGCUGAAGAAUGAUGCCCCAGUAGUGCAGGAGCCCAGGCGGAUCAUCAUCCGGAAAACAGAAUAUGGCUCUCGACUGAGAAUACAAGACCUGGAUACGACAGACACUGGCUACUACCAGUGUGUAGCCACCAAUGGGGUGAAGACCAUCACUGCCACUGGAGUCCUGUAUGUGCGGCUUGGUCCAACACACAGCCCAAAUCAUAACUUCCAGGAUGACUAUCAGGAGGAUGGAUUCUGCCAGCCUUACCGGGGCAUCGCCUGUGCACGCUUCAUAGGGAACCGGACCAUUUACGUGGAUUCUCUCCAGAUGCAGGGGGAGAUCGAAAACCGAAUCACAGCGGCCUUCACCAUGAUCGGCACCUCCACACACCUUUCGGACCAGUGCUCACAGUUCGCCAUUCCAUCCUUCUGCCACUUUGUGUUCCCAUUGUGCGAUGCGCGCUCCCGGGCGCCCAAGCCACGUGAGCUGUGCCGCGACGAGUGCGAGGUGCUGGAGAGCGAGCUGUGCCGUCAGGAGUACACCAUCGCGCGCUCCAACCCGCUCAUCCUUAUGCGCCUGCAGCUGCCCAAGUGCGAGGCACUGCCGAUGCCGGAGAGCCCCGACGCCGCCAACUGCAUGCGCAUCGGCAUCCCGGCUGAGAGGCUGGGCCGCUAUCACCAGUGCUACAAUGGCUCAGGCUCGGAUUACAGAGGGAUGGCCAGCACUACCAGGUCGGGGCACCAGUGCCAGCCGUGGGCUCUGCAGCACCCCCACAGCCACCACUUGUCCAGCACAGACUUCCCCGAGCUCGGAGGGGGACAUGCCUACUGCCGGAACCCUGGAGGCCAGAUGGAAGGUCCCUGGUGCUUUACGCAGAAUGAAAACGUACGCAUGGAACUGUGUGACAUACCCUCGUGUAGUCCCCGAGACAGCAGCAAAAUGGGAAUUCUGUACAUCUUGGUUCCAAGCAUUGCGAUUCCCCUGGUCAUCGCUUGCCUUUUCUUCUUGGUCUGCAUGUGCCGGAACAAGCAGAAAGCAUCUGCGUCCACACCACAGCGGCGCCAACUGAUGGUCUCACCCAGCCAGGACAUGGAAAUGCCUCUCAUCAGCCAGCACAAACAGGCCAAACUCAAAGAGAUCAGCCUGUCCACGGUGAGGUUCACAGAAGAACUGGGGGAAGACCGGUUUGGGAAAGUCUACAGAGGCCACCUGUUCGGGCCCACCCCCGGGGAGCAGACGCAAGCGGUGGCCGUCAAGACGCUGAAGGACAAGGCAGAGGGCCCCCUCCGGGAGGAGUUCCGGCAUGAGGCCAUGCUGCGGGCGCGGCUGCAGCAUCCCAACAUCGUCUGCCUACUGGGUGUGGUGACCAAGGACCAACCCCUCAGCAUGAUCUUUAGCUACUGCCCGCAUGGCGACCUCCAUGAGUUCCUGGUCAUGCGCUCGCCCCACUCUGACGUGGGCAGCACCGAUGAUGACCGCACCGUGAAGUCUGCCCUGGAGCCCCCCGACUUUGUGCAUGUCGUGGUUCAGAUUGCUGCUGGCAUGGAAUAUCUGUCCAGCCACCAUGUGGUCCACAAGGACCUGGCCACCCGCAACGUGCUGGUAUUUGACAAGCUGAACGUGAAGAUCUCAGACUUGGGCCUCUUCCGCGAGGUCUAUUCUGCUGAUUACUAUAAGCUAAUGGGGAACUCACUGCUGCCCAUCCGUUGGAUGUCCCCCGAGGCAAUCAUGUACGGCAAGUUUUCUAUUGACUCGGACAUCUGGUCCUAUGGCGUGGUCCUGUGGGAGGUCUUCAGCUAUGGCCUGCAGCCCUACUGCGGGUACUCCAACCAGGACGUGGUGGAGAUGAUCCGAAACCGGCAGGUGCUGCCCUGCCCCGACGACUGCCCAGCCUGGGUCUAUGCCCUCAUGAUCGAGUGCUGGAAUGAGUUUCCUAGCCGGCGGCCCCGCUUCAAGGACAUCCACAGCCGCCUCCGGGCCUGGGGCAACCUGUCCAACUACAACAGCUCAGCACAGACCUCAGGAGCCAGCAACACGACGCAGACCAGCUCCCUGAGCACCAGCCCCGUGAGCAACGUGAGCAACACCCGCUACGUAGGGCCCAAGCAGAAGGCCCAGCCCUUCCCACAGCCUCAGUUCAUCCCCAUGAAGGGUCAGAUAAGACCCAUUGUCCCCACCCAGCUCUACAUCCCGGUCAAUGGCUACCAGCCAGUGCCGGCAUAUGGGGCCUACCUGCCCAACUUCUACCCUGUCCAGAUCCCGAUGCAAAUGGCCCCCCAGCAAGUGCCCCCUCAGAUGGUCCCCAAGCCCAGCUCGCACCACAGUGGCAGUGGCUCCACGAGCACAGGCUACGUCACCACAGCACCUUCUAACACGUCCGUGGCAGACAGGGCAGCCCUGCUUUCAGAGGGCACAGAGGAUGCACAGAACAUCCCAGAGGACGUGGCCCAGAGCCCCGUGCAGGAAGCGGAGGAAGAAGAAGAAGGCUGUGUCCCAGAGACUGAGCUCUUGGGAGACAAUGAUCCUCUGCAGAUGGAUGAGGCCCAGGUCCAGGUGGAAGCGUGA